AUGGCUUUUCCCCCAUUCCUCAUGCUUCCCCUCCUCGACCAAAACACCCAAGAAAUCAAUGGCCUCUCUCUCUACAGCCUCAAAGACAAGAAACCCCUCAACCUCGGAUUCCUCGAAAACCUCAGAAACCCCCAAUGCGUGGGGUCUUCCCACGGCUGGCUAGCUUUCUUGGACGAAAAAGCAAACCCUUUUCUCCUCAACCCCUUCACCAAAGCCCUAAUCCAUCUCCCUCCAAAACCAUCCAAGAUUUCCAAACUAAUCCUCUCCAAGAACCCUUCCUCCCAUCCCAACACCUACGCCGCCGUCGCCAUGCAGACAAACCUCUCCUUCUGCAGAAACGGAGACGCCGCGUGGAGGCUCCUCGACGGCCAAGGCAAGACCUACUACGACGUCGUCUGCUGCAGCGAGACCAACACCCUCUUCGCGCUGGCUCCGGGCCCCCGCGUCGAAUCAUGGGACCUGAACGAAGCUUCUCCGAAGAAGACGAUGAUAAUCGAAGGAUCUUGUCCGAGAAUGCUGCAGCUGGCCCUGAAAAACUUCCCGGUCGAUCUCUACUCUUCGCAGUGGUACCUUGCGCUGUCCCCGGCGGGGGAGAUAUUCAUGGCCGUGAGGUACAUCGGGGAGUUUGUGAAUGGCGACGGGGAGGCGGUGUACGAGGGCGACACGCUCACGGACUACAUGGCGGCGCCGCUGGUGUGCCCCUAUCCUGCCACAUCGUUUUAG